CUCAGUUUCCCUUUCUGAGAGAGGCAGGGGUGCAGGAAGUGAGGAGCUACAGGGACCACAGGACGUGUGGGCCACAUGCGGACACCGUGCGCCUCUGACAGGAUCAAUCACUCUAAGCCUGUCUGAGGAGCUCUGGGCUUAGGAACAGCUGUGAAAGCCUCCUUUGUGCCUGAGGAGAAUGAGCCGCGAGAGGACAGGGGGCCCUGGCCCGGGGAACCCCUUGGGCCCCGGCUCCUGAGAUCAACAUCAGCAGGGAGGACCCCCAGCCUGGCCCCCGAGGCCCACCCAGGCCUGGUGCCUACUUUGUGCCAUGGGAACAGUCCAGGGGAAGAAGAAAGAAUACUCUCCUCAGGCCAUAUUUCAUCAUGAAAAUGAGAAGCAGAGACUAAAUGGCCAAGCGUCAAUGUACUCGGAGAUCCAGAGGGAGCGGGCAGACAUCGGGGGCCUGAUGGCCCGGCCCGAGUACAGAGAGUGGAACCCAGAGCUCAUCAAGCCCAAGAAGCUGCUGAACCCUGUGAAGGCGUCCCGGAGCCACCAGGAGCUGCACCGAGAGCUGCUCAUGAACCACAGAAGGGGCCUGGGCGUGGACAGCAAGCCGGAGCUGCAGCGAGUCCUGGAGCACCGCAGGCGGAACCAGCUCAUCAAGAAGAAGAAGGAAGAGCUAGAAGCCAAGCGGCUGCAGUGCCCCUUUGAGCAGGAGUUGCUGAGACGGCAGCAGAGGCUGAACCAGCUGGAAAAACCACCAGAAAAGGAAGAGGAACACGCCCCUGAAUUUAUCAAAGUCAGGGAAAACCUGCGGAGAAUCGCCACGCUGACCAGUGAAGAGAGAGCGCUGUAGAGCAGGCUGUUGAAACUCCAGCCCGCGCCGCCCACCCCUGGCCCCCACACCCUCCUCCAGCCCUUCUGUAUCUAGCAUUCCUGGCCCCAAGCCUGGGGACUUCUGUGAUGUUCAUGCUUGCUCUUGUAAAAAUGCCCCAGAGGGCCUGGGCCCUCCUUCCCGCCCACCAAAAGCUGGGACCCAGGCUUUUCCUUCUCAGCACUCACUGCUUUUGCUCCAAGAGGAAGCUACUGCGGGGUAAACUUUCCCAAGGCACUUCUCCUUGAAGGGGCUUCUGAGCUCUAGGGAGAUCUUUCUGGCAGAAUUGAAUAAGGAGAGACAGGCACCUCUUUGGCCUGACCAGCCCUCCAUUUUGCCCAGGCCCCAUGGGGCCCUGCUUCUCUGGGCAGCCCAGCUCCCAGGUCUCAGAAAACGUCCUUGACUGGGGUUUUACCUGCAGCCAGGUGUGGGGCAGCUAAGUAGAGCAUCUCAGAACACCUGCCUUGAAAGCCAGCUGAGGGGAAUAUGGUUCAAGGGUAGCUGUCCUCGGUGAUGAAGGGCAGGGUAGCCCACAAGGUGGCCUUGGGGGUCAUGUGAUGCCAGGUUGCAAGAGUACUAACCAGGACGGCUUCUUAGAGUUUGCCAGCUUCCCCCACACCCAUGCUUUUGUUUUCUCCUCUCCGCAGCCUCCCUGCCUGGGCCUUGUAACCACAUCUAACCAGGGCUGCAGCCUUCCUGCUCCCAGAAGUCUAGAACAGUGCUUCUCAAACUUUAUUGUGCCUACAAAUCACUGGGGAUCUUGUUACAAUACGGCUUCCGACUCAGUAGAUAUGGGGUGGGGGCUGGGACUCUGCAUGUCUCACAAGCUCCUAGGCUGCUGGUCUGACCCCUAGGCUGCAGGCUCGAGCAGCCAGGGGCUGGUAAAUACUGGAAACAUCAUCUCUGAAGCCACCUCUGCCCCCCCAAUUGCCAUGAACCUUUGCCCUGGGGGUUCCCUACCCUGACUGUGGAGCCCCAAGGGCUCCUUAUUGCCCACCCCAUUCCAGGGACCCCAGGCCUGGGAAGACAUUUGCCUAGCAAAUUGUGUCGGUUAUAUAACUGUCGUUGUCACUGGAGAUGUAUAUAAUUGCCAAUCUGCAUUUUCUUACCACUUUGUUUUGAUGUAAUUCUGGCCAAAAAAAAAAAAGAUUGUUUCUGUUUUACCUUUUCCUGAAGCCUAUGGAGAGCAAAUAUACAGUGAUUUCCAGUGGGCUUCUGGAAAUACAAACUGUGGUUUGAAGACCCCACUGCUACCCUUACAGACUGGCUCCUUUGAGUCCCCAUUUCCAGCCUCUGCGCCCACUCUCUACGUGGUCUCUACCACCCAAACCGGCCUCAGUGAACUCACCCGUUCUUCCUAAAAAUCCCUCCCCAUACGAGACCAAAUGUUUUAACCUUUUGCCUCUAUCCCAUUCUGAAAGAUUUAUAGAAUAAACCAGCCCUGCUUUUCCCUGCCUCUGGCUUUGCAGACCCAUCAUUUAAGGUGCUAGGGCAGUGCUAAAAAAGCAUUUCCUUUCGCCUACCCCCCCAAAACUGCCAGAAAAAGCUGCCACAGGAAUCCUAUUUCAUUCUUGGACCAAAAGUGGGACAUUCGGGGGGAAAGGGGUCAUCCUGGUCUUACUCCUACCUGAGUGGUUUAAGGAUGACCAAAGACGCAGCCUUCUUCCUGGGUGGGGUGCCAGGGCCAGUGUAAAUACAGACAUGCUGUCUGCGUGUGUGUAAGCUGGGCUCUAAAAGGGUCUUGAAUGUGAGUGUCUUAGUGAGAACAUGGUGAUGCUAUUUUAGAUGCCUGCCAGGUGAGAGCUAUGCUAAAGCAAAACCCCCAAAUAAAGACCACCAUUUUCCCCAAAGAAGUCUCCACCAGUGGUCUAUGUGCCGUUCAGACAUAUGAAGAAAAGAGCAUCUAGGAUGGAGUAGGCCCCUCUGGGGAGAAUGCUUGGAUUCUCUCAGUGGUCCACUGAGAGACCACUCACUAGUCCCCAGAGGUGCUGCAUGGAGACAAAGUCCCGGAAGUAGAAGGACCUCAAGCACCACGUCAUCCCGCGGAGCCAUGGCAGACACCCUCGUCCACUCCCCAGUGGUCAGUCCCAACCCCUUCUCCCUAGCUUCCUCCCACUGUAGAGGUUGUAAAUCCCAAUUCCCACUGUUCCAGCCUCCUUUGCAGCUGGGGGUGACAUGUGACCAGGUGCGCCAGUGAAAUUUAAGAGGAAGUCUACAGGAGCUUCUGGGAAAGCUUGUUUCUCUGAUAAAAGAGGCAGACAUGGGUAACACCUCCCCGCCCCUCCAUUCUUCCUGCCUUGAUUGAGGAUGUGAUGCCUGGAGCCACAACAGCCAUCUUGCUACAAUGAGAGAAAAGCCAAGACAAUGUCAGAGACACUGACCCUAUCAUUUGACCAAGCCGAUGCCAGCAGUCAUCCUCCUCCAGAAUAUAACUGUAAAUAAAAAGAAAACUCUUGGUUUGA